GGAGGCGGAGGCCGCCGACUCGGCGGAGGUGGAGGCCAAAGCCGGCGAGGCCGCAGCUGCAGCAGAGGCUGCGGCGCCCCCCCCUGAUACAACAGGGGAUGCGGAGCUGGCGGCGGCGCUCGCGGUGGCGGAGGCUGCAGAGUAUGAAGAAGAGAUGGGCGGGGGCCCCGACGGGAACCCAGACUUUCCCAUGGCCUCGCUGUACGUGGGAGACCUGCACCCCGAGGUGACCGAGGCAAUGCUGUACGAGAAGUUCAGUCCAGCCGGGCCCAUCCUCUCCAUCCGCAUUUGCCGGGACAAGAUCACCCGACGCUCCUUGGGCUAUGCCUACGUCAACUACCAGCAACCGGUGGACGCCAAGAGGGCCCUGGAGACCCUGAACUUUGAUGUGAUAAAGGGCAGGCCGGUGCGCAUCAUGUGGUCCCAGAGGGACCCCUCUCUGCGCAAGAGCGGGGUGGGCAACGUCUUCAUCAAGAACCUGGGCAAGACCAUUGACAACAAGGCUCUGUACAACAUCUUCUCGGCCUUCGGCAACAUCCUGUCCUGCAAGGUGGCCUGUGACGAAAAGGGGCCCAAGGGCUAUGGCUUCGUGCACUUCCAGAAGCAGGAGUCGGCCGAGCGAGCCAUAGAUGCGCUGAAUGGCAUGUUCCUGAAUUACCGCAAAAUUUUCGUGGGAAGAUUCAAGUCGCAUAAAGAGAGAGAGGCUGAAAGGGGAGCCUGGGCCAGGCAGUCCACCAGUGCUGACUUCAGGGAUUUCGAUGACGACACCGACGAGGAGGCCACCUUUCGAUGAAGACAUCCCAGGAGCCAGCCACUACAGUCAAAUCUUGGCUCCCACCCGGUUUACAGUCCC